AUGAGGAUUGGAGGCAUUGUGAUGAUGUUCUUGCCACUGGUUGUGAUGUGUACGUCGGAAGCGUCUCAAUGCAACUACACGGCGAUGGUCAACAGAGCAAGAGGGUGUUAUGAAAGCAUUUACAGCCAGGGUGUGGUGUAUUUGAGGAAGGCUCAGCAAGUGUUUGAGACGGUGAAGAGUAAGCUACGCACAAGGAUGAAUGAAACGAUGACAACGAAGAGCACUGAAUCGAAGAGUUCUUCCACGACUAAUGAAGAGAAUGGAGAGGACUCUGCUAGCAAGCCAUUUGACCUGACUGAGGAGGAUAUCAGGAAGAUGCUUGACGAUAUUAUGAAGCAAUUCACAGGGCAUACUGGAGAUAAUGAUGUAGAGGAAAAGAGGGAUGAAGAUGCUAAACCUGAGGAGAAUGUUGCGGCUACUGGUAAUAAUGAGAAAGAUGGAGCACAAGAGUUGUAG